AUGUCUUUCUUUGAUAGUAUAAAAUCCAAAAUUGUGGAUAGUUUCAUACCAUUGUUGAGUAGGGAUGAGAAAUUCAGGCAGGAGUUCAAAUUGCCGGAUGGUGAGACUAUAAUCGAUGACCUAAAUGCAGAUGUAGCAUUUGCACAUGUGCAUAGUAAAAUGGCCAAGUAUGAUAGACAGAAGCUGAACUCUGGUGAUACUGGAAGUGCAGUGCAGUAUGCUUUUCCUGGUAAGAUCAUGAUGACGGAGCAUUACCUGGUGUUCAAAGAUGGAUAUGAUGGUGAAUCAUGUGUUAUGGUCUUGAACAUCUCAGCAAUCAAAAGGGUAGAGAGAUCGACCUCUAAUGCUUAUUCUUUUGUGUUGUUGGUUACCCUUUAUUCUGGCUCUCAGAUAUUGAUCCAGUUUGUAAGUUUGAGACAUAGAUCAGAAAACUUUUGUGAAAGGUUGAAAAAGAAUCUAAGGUCAAAUAUACCAAAUGCUAAACGAUUAAAGUCUUUUCUAGAUACUUGUUAUUCAGAGUAUUUGAUUUAUAAAAAUGUACUACGCGUUGAAGAUAUCAAACCGCCUAGAGCCGGACUGGGACAGCAGUACAAGUAUCCUGGAAGUCCUUCAAUUCAAAGAGAAAAAGCAAAGUUGAGACUUUGGUUCGAGUAUUUCAAAGACAAUGGAACUAAUUUAUCACUGGUGAGAAACCAUACUUUCAAAAAACUGAUACGUGUUGGUGUGCCGAAUCGUCUUAGGGGUGAAAUAUGGGAAUACUGUUCAGGUUCUAUUUACCUGAGAUAUCAGAAUCCCGAUGAGUAUCAAAAGCUACUUACUGAAAAUGCAGGGAAGACUUCCCAGGCGAUAGAUGAGAUUGAAAAAGAUUUAAAGAGAUCCUUACCCGAAUACUCAGCCUAUCAGACCACAGAAGGUAUUCAAAGAUUGAGAAAUGUUUUGACCGCCUAUUCAUGGAAAAAUCCUGACGUCGGAUAUUGUCAGGCGAUGAAUAUUGUUGUGGCAGGUUUAUUAAUUUACAUGUCAGAAGAGCAGGCUUUUUGGUGUUUAAAUAAUAUCUGUGAUUUAUACGUACCAGGUUAUUAUUCAAAAACGAUGUAUGGUACACUGUUAGAUCAGAAGGUUUUUGAGGCGUUUGUUGAAGAUCGGAUGCCUAAUCUGUGGGAUUAUAUAGUUGAACAUGAUAUUCAAUUAUCAAUCAUUUCCCUGCCAUGGUUUCUUUCUUUGUUUUUCACAUCGAUGCCUAUAGAAUACGCUGUCAGAAUUAUGGAUUUGUUCUUUUGUAACGGACCGAGAACAUUAUUUCAAGUUGCACUGGCGGUGUUAAAAUUAAAUGGAGAGGAAAUCCUCUCUGCGGAUGAUGAUGGUAUGUUCAUUGCCAUAAUUAAAAACUAUUUCCAGAAUUUAGGUAAAAGUGCUCAUCCAAACUCCAAGGAACCAAAAAUAAGAGAAAUAACAAACUUUCAGGAACUUCUUGUCACAGCCUUCAAAGAAUUCGAUGUUAUUACUGAAUCACAAAUUGCGCAAGAAAGACAUAAGCAUCAAAAAGAUGUUUUUCAAAACAUCGAAACUUUUGUAAAGCGAACACAGAUUCGUCAUAUGCCAAAAACCUACAACUUGUCUGACAAGAAUUUAGGAAAUAUUUAUGACUUAUAUUACCAGAGUGUUGAAACACAUAAAAUUAGUUUAGGUACUGGAUCAUCUAAUAUGGACUUAGAGUCCUUUGUUCAAUUCAUAAAAAAGGUGUGCAACUGGGCAAAGGAUUCUCAGAGCGAUCUAGACCCAUCCUUCAGACAGCAAAAAAGCGAAUUUCUUAAAAGAUUAUUCAAUAGGUGGGACUCUGCCAAAGUUGGUGAACUUACUUUGAAUGAUGUUGUGGAAGGUUUGGAUCAUUUACUAUCUCGCGAUAUGCUUGAAUCAAUAAAUUAUUUCUUUUCACUAUACGAUAAAGAUGGUGAUGGUCAGUUAGAUAAGGAUGAGGUCUUACAAUUAUCUGAAGGUCUUUUAUUGUUAACUGAUCCUUGGAAGAAUGGCAGUUUUGUUGAUUUAUUGACAAAGAAAAAGAUAGAGGACGAUAUUGCCGAAAAAUUGGUUCAAGAAAAUGGAGAGAAGGUCAUAACCAUGGAUGAAAUUUCAUUACCCUCAGGUGUCACUAUUGAUGAAGAAAAAUACAAGGCCGAGCAGUCAGAAAGGUACUUAAAAGCUGCAAGUAAUUUCUUACAGAGGGCAUUUGAAUAUGCAAAGUCGAUUGAGCUUGAUAGUGCAGUCAAUCUGAUAGAUUUAUCUGAUGAUGAGUCCGAAGGAUCCGAUGAAGAUGUAAAAAUAAAGAAGAAGAAGAAAUUUGAGGCGAUCAUGGCUAACCCUGCUUUAGACCCUUCACAUCCUAAAGUGCUGGAUUUAGCAACUUUUAGAAUGAUUAUACUAGCCGAUGAAACAUAUGAGCUAUUUUUUUCAGAGACCCUAAGAGACUCUAUAAGGAUUGAUGAAGGUAAUGAAAGCAAUAAUUACAGAACCAAAGCCUUGAGGAAUAUGUUUGAUGGUAUACUAGCGGAUGGUAAAAGGGUUGCAGAACAAGUACGUCGUCGUGUUGACUCAGUAGCCACUAGAUCAAGUAUUAGUUCAAAUGAUGGACCUACAUCCCAACUUUCUGCAACUAAUGAAAUGCUACCUAGUGCUGAUGAUAGAGCCGACGAUGUUGAUGACUUCACACAAGAAACAGGUGAAGAGCAGCAUGAAUUACUCAAUGAAACUCUACUAGAUAUUGAUGAUGAUAUGAAAAGUUCCAAUAAUAACCAACAGGAUAAAAGGAUUAGUGAAAUGCCAAAAUUGGACUCUAAGAAUGCCGAUCUGGUAGAGUUUGAAGCCGAUUAA